CAAACGCAUAUACACGUGUCCUUCUCUCCCUCUCCCCCCCCUCCUCCACCCCUCCCCGUCUUCUCUCCUGUCGCACCAAACGCUAAAGUGAAAGAGCGAAAGAGAGUGAUCGCGCCCAGAGAUCAGGCUUUCCUCCCCAUCCCUUUACCUCCUUCUGUUGCCGCCGUCACCGCUGCAUCCCGGUCGCCCCUCUCCCUCCACGUCGCCUCGCUUCCCCCUUCGCUGCCCCUUCUGAGCAGCCGCCCCCCUGGGCUCCCCUGUGCAAAUGACGAUGAAGCAACAGUGGUUCAAUGAGGCGCUGUCUCGCCUCUAUAUUCCCCUUACCAAUGGAUACACCUCCCCGGGCCUGCUGGAGGAGCUGAUGGGCUUCUGUGCCACGCCAAAUGUUUGGCAGCUGGCUAUUCAGGCCUUCGACAUGCCCUCCGAUCCGAAGGCCCAAUACUUCGCGAUCUUCAUCAUCGGGCGAGUUGUUGCCCGGAACUGGCGCGACCUCAGCGACGCCGACCGCACGACCAUCUGGUGCUUCUGCCGAGACACCCUCUUCCGGCACAUCCAGGCAGUCAGCGCCCAACCGGACGCCAUGGACGCCGGGCUGCCGCGUUUCAUUGUCACCAAGCUGACGCAGCUCUGCGUCGACAUGGGCAAGCACAAUCUGACCAUCGGCUUCGACUCGCUCUUCCAGCUGGCCACCUGCUUCCUGACCAAUCGCCCGAACCUGGCCGAUGCCCCGCAGUCCAUCGACCAGGCCCUGAGCCUACUGGAUCCGGCCUGUGGUAGCCCAGCCCAGCUCCUGGGCCUGGCCAUGCUGCUGAUGAUUUGCGAAGAGUGUACCAGCGUCAAGGACGACCUCCCAUCGCAUCUGCGUAACUCCAUGCGCAAGCUGUUGUACGACAAUGCGACCGCCAUCAUGAAUCUGGUCCUGCGCGUGCUGGACAGCACGCAUGAGCAGGCUCGCAUCGCCUGCCAGUCGGAUGGGACUGCCCGUGGGAAUGCGCGCCUUCGGUUCCCGCCGAUGAUCGCCCGGUGUGUGGCCCAGGCCCUGACCGUGGUCAGCCAGCUUCUGUCCUGGGUGCCGCUCAAUGAAUUCGUCGACCGGCGCCUGGUGCAGUCCCUCUUCCAAUAUGUGGUUCUACAUGUGGACAGCACGUCGGCCGAGCUCGGUGCCCAGGCCCUGGAGUGCGUCAAUGAGAUCCUCGGCCGGUCGUGCAUCCCCCGCGACCUGGAUGGCUUCCUGGUGCAGAUCUUCGGCGAUGUCUUCCGUCUGCUGCAGUCGCUGACGGCCGACCCGGCGGGGGCCCCCUCGCCGGAGGUCAUCCGCGCCCUGGACUCGCAAUACCGCGAGCGCCUGACUGACUUCCUGGGCCUCUUCGUGAGCCAGCACCUCCGGCGAUUCGAGACCAUGUCCUCGGAGGCCAUCGGCCUGGGCGGGGUGGCUGCCGCUGGGGCCGGCUCCGGGGCCGGCGCCCCGGAUGCCACCUCCCAGCCGGUGUUCGCCCUGCUGGGCCUGCUCUUCACGUAUACCUUCAUGCAGCCGGACAUCGAGGCCCUGUCAUCCUGCCUGGACAUCUGGGAGACCUUCCUGGACCGGCUGCUCGAGCCGCAGGAGGGGUCCUCGCUGCAAAGUGCCCAGGAGGCCGCGGCUCCCUAUGCCGGCGGGCUGCUGGCCUUCGUGGAGGCCCUUCUGCAGAAGGUCCUCUUCCGUCACAAUGCCCCGGAGCUCCUGUCCCUGGAUGAUGACGAGGUCGAGGGCGAUGCCCAAUCCGAGUGGGACACCUUCCUGUCCUCUUGCGUCAGCAUCAUCGGCAAGGUCGGCGACCUGCUGCCAGUUCAGACGCUCAACAUCACCUUCCCCCUGCUGGAGGAGGACCUCGCGAAGUUCAUGAUCCGUGAGCAAUUGACCUCGGAUGCAUCCCGCGCACUGGCCCUCACUCGCGACUUGCGGUCUCACCUGCGCAUUUUGGCCCGGCUGUCGAGCGUCUUCCUGUCGAGCGGCAGCCUCUUCGAAAGCACCUUCCCCACGAUCUUGACCCUGCUGAAGGACAAGCUCCUCGGGCUGGGCACCUUCCUGCACAACUUCGCCCUCUACCGGCGCAGUGAGCAGUUCAACAAGCUGGCCGUGCAGCUGUUCACCACGCUGGCUGCCUUCGCCGGCUGGCAGGCCGCGGCGUUGGCCUCCACGGGGCCGGCCUCCGGUGGGGGGACUUCCUCCACGGGCGGCGGGUUGGGCGGUGCGUCGACCCCGGCCGAGCGGACUCCCGAAGCGGCGGCGGCCGCCGAAUUGCUCUUCCACCAGAUCAAGCUGGCGGUGUCGGUGCUUUACACCACCGACGACUCGGUUCUCGGGCUGGCGGUGGCGCCCUUCCUGCUGGCUCUGGCCCGGGCGGUCCGGCUACCGGUUUUGCUGGAAGCCCUGGCUCCGCAGCUGCUGGAUCUGCUGACGGUGGCCUCGCGCGAUCGGUACCCGGCAUAUGCGGCCCCUGGGGCCGGGGAUUUGCCGGCCCUGGCGCGUGGUAUCUUCCAAACCUCGAUCGAAGUCCGCUCGGCGGUGUUCAUGGCCGCCACCACGGCCAUUGCCCUGCCCUUCCAGCAGAUGGCCGCCAAGGACCCGGCGCAGGCGUGGGACAACCGGGCGGCCCUCUUUGCCAAGGUGGUUCUCGGGGAUUCGGGGCUGACGGCCCCGUUGCAGCGUGCCGCGGCCCCGGGCUUCCACGAGCAGGGCCUCUACAAGGCGCCGGAUGUGCGUGCCCUCAUUUGCGAGGCUCUGUCCACCCUGGGGGCAUGUGUGUCGGCCGUGGCGGCCGAGUCCAAAACCAGCAAGGCUGUGGUGUUGGAGGCAGUGCGCCCGCUGCUGCCGUCUACGAUCAACCUGCUGAAGAUUUACGCAUCGGAAUAUGAUGUCCUCGAGCGGCUGAUUGACUUCCAGCUGGAGCUCUUCGUGGCCAUGCGCCUGGACCUCGGAGUCGAGUAUGUCGGGGAGAUGGUCGGCGUCAUGUUGGCCCUGCUCGGGGGGAACCAGAGCUUCCUCCAGCACCUGGCCGGCGGCACGCCGGCCUCCAUCGACAUUAUCAACAAGCUGCUGCAGCUGCUGACUCUCAUUGUGGAGAGCGGCCCACGCAGCAGCAGCCUCGGCGCCUUGACCGGGAGCAUUGUGCAGCUGGUCCUCGGGGACUUGGCUCCGGCUCUGUUCAGCGAUGGGGCCCGCGCCGCGGCCGACCAUGUGGCCGGGCGCUUCUUCGAGCUGGUCUUCGCCCUGCUGGACAGCCGCUGGCACCAGCUCCAGCCGGAGGCCACCGCCUCGGAGAGCGUGUCCCCCGGGGGGCAGGCCUUUUACCGGCUGCUGGACCUGGCGCAGCUUCCCUUCAAAUCCUCAGACAUCGGCAUUUUCCGGGAUAACCUGGCCCGGCUGGGCCGGCUGGAUCAAACCCGGCGGCUCUUUUCCCUGCCGGACCAGCAGGUCAUUCGCCAGUGCCAUGCCUUUGCCAUGCAGCUCAUGCGGGUGCUCAACCACCGGGGGCAUGAGCUCCUGCGUGAGGACAUCCUGGCCUUGCUGUUCCGGAUCUUCUCCAGCGUCGACAUGCCGACCUUUGCCCAGAGCACCAUCGAGGCCUACCUGGCCAGCAUGGACGCCCUGAGUGAGGCCGAUCGUCAUGGGCUCCUGCAGGGGGUCGGUCCGCUGGACAUGCAGGGCUCCUUCGUGGACAGCAUUGGCCAGUUGCUGGUUGACUCCAAGUACCUGGAGAGCCUGCGCACGACAUCCGCCGCGUCGGUGGUGCUGUGA